AGGCCCACCGCCACUCAGAGAAGGUGCUCUGAUAACCCACCCACGUCCUUGCCAUGGCAGCCCGGGCCUCUCUUCUCCCUCCUUUGGGAGCCCAGCGGGUACCGCCCGGACGAGCAGGGGCGGGGCCCGCGAGCGGUUAUAGUCGGAUCCACGGCGCUCUGGCUCCCCGACGCCGCCGCAGUCCCCGCAGGGCGCCGAGACCCGGUUGCGUUAGUUCCUGGCCUGCCCCGCCGGGCGGCCGUGCACGUGAGCAUCCUGGCGCGGGGCACGGGGGUGCGGGGCCCUGCGGGCCGGCCGGUGCUCGCAUUGUUGCUGCUGCUGCUGUCGCUGCCCGCUGACGCCUGGUACAAGCACGUGGCGAGUCCCCGCUACCACACGGUGGGCCGCGCCGCGGGCUUGCUCAUGGGGCUGCGCCGCUCGCCCUACAUGCAUCGCCGCGCGCUCGCUGCCGGACCCGUUGCCUCGGACACCCAGGGCCUGGGCGCGUCCCCGCAGGAGCCAUCUGCCAGAGACACCCUCCUUCCGGCGCCCGUCCCCCGAGGUGCUCUUCUGCUGCCCUCUGGGUUUCGGGAACUGUUGGAGACCGGAAGGCACUCGCGCGCAGGGCUCCGGGUCAGUGCGCCUUGGAGCUGGCGCCACCCCGAGCGCGCGCCGGAACCGGAGCCAGGGCUCCUCCGCGGAGCAGCCCAGAGCCUUUGGAGAAUCUCCUGUUCAGCCACGGUCUGCCCAGAGAACCGCGUUCGCCGGACCCCACGUCUCCAGGGCUAUCCUGAGCGCAGCCCCUGCUGGCAAUGCCCUUUCUCCUGACCCAGGCAGAAUACAUUAGUUCUCUAGGGCUCACAGCGACUGGUCAAUAAAUUUGCCUGGUUCAUGUGUC